AUGUUUUUCACGCUUGCGACGGCGAUGCAACUGUCGCCCGUUCUGGAGAUGUAUUUGGCGAAUGUGCUAUACCACAGGGAGUGGUUGCCCAGACCACGUAUUUUUCUCGACGUCGUUCUUUCGGAACAAGAACACGGUGCUCUCCUUGGCCACGCUCGUGACGACCGGCGGAAACGAUGGCAAGAUCAAUCCUACCGGCAUUCCUCCGCACGUCAACAUGUACACGCAAAUGGAUGCGAUACGCGACCACAUGUCCAAAGAACGAACGCGAUGCAAGACGAGAUUCAAGGCUUGCGCGGCGCGUGUGGUUAUGGAGGCGCGAUGGCCCCCACAGCCAUCGCAGCAAUGAUGGAGCGGCGACGGCAUCGCGCCUUCUGUACGUACAGAACCGACAUCCCCGCGUAG